CAAAGACAGUUCCUGGUGCAGAAGCUCUUUUGGAGAACUUUGAGCAUUUCUCUCCUACAGCACAGUCUACUACACAGAGGAAAUAUGACUACACCAGCUAACCGUCUCCUGAUUGGCCUGAUGUGUCAGGUAACCUGCACGUGGGCCUUCGCUCGCCUGCCCGAGGAUGCAGAACUGCGUUCUGCCUUUUCAGUGGCACGCACCAGCAGCAUGGAGGGUGGACCAAAGAUGGUGGUGACCUUUGACAAGGAGUAUGUUAACAUCGGUGGGGACUUUGAUCCAAAGGCAGGCAUGUUCCGCUGCCGCAUCCCCGGAGCAUACUACUUCUCCUUCACAGUGGGGAAGUUCCCCAGUCGUGACCUGUCAGUCAUGCUAAUGAAGAACAGGAAUGAGGUGCAGGCAAUUGUGUAUGAUGAGAAUGCGGGAGAGGAGCGUAAGGUGCAGAGCCAAAGUGCCAUGCUGCAGCUGGACUUUGGUGACACAGUCUGGCUCCGCCUUCACGGUGAUCCCCGCUAUGCCAUCUACAGCAACACAGGUCACUACACCACAUUUAAUGGCUACCUAAUCUACCCUGACACCUACACCUUCCAAGACCGCAAGCACGAGGACCCAACUCCCAUGUAUGGAAACGAGGCGAAUGCCAAUGACCACACCCUAACAGACCAGGAUGGGCUGAGAGAAAGGGACAACGUAGAGAAGAGAGAGGAGGUAGAGGAUAAAGAGGAGGACCAGAGGUCAGCCUUCUCCGUUGGCCGCACUCAGAGCAUCGUAGGGGUGGACCAGGGCUUCACAGAACACCGUCCUAUCUCCUUUGACACAGACUUUGUCAACAUUGGCGCUGACUUUAACGUCACCGAAGGUGUAUUCACCUGCCGUAUUCCAGGAGCCUACUUCUUCUCCUUCAAUGCUGGCAAGCUUCCCCACAAAACCCUGUCAAUCAAGCUGAUGAAGAACCACCUGGAGGUGCAGGCCAUGAUCUACGAUGACAGUGACACUGAGAAGGCUCUGCAGAGCCAAAGUCUGAUGCUGUCUCUGCGCCGUGGUGAUAUCGUCUGGCUUUAUAGCCACCAGCGCGAUGGCUUUGGAGCAUACAGCAACCAUGCCAAGUAUAUAACCUUCACUGGCUUCCUGGUCUAUCCAGAAAUACAAAAACUAGCCACCAAUCAGCAGUAACAGCAGAGCCGGAAGCCAUAAGGGACAGUGUCAAGAACACAGUUGGCUGUGGACCUACUACACUCAAUUAUUCUAUGUCCAGCUAAUUCUUUCAAUGGGUUUACUUUGUCAAACUCCAACUUGCAGUCUUGAAUUAAUGAAGAUGUUACUACAUACUAGCAUUUUUGCUAUUUUCAGGAUAUGAUGUCUCAGUUAAUACUUAUCUGGAUUUUUUAACAUACCUUUAUCAAUGUCUUGAAAGGCAUUGUCAAAUAAUGGGGACACUUGUUUUGUGUCAAAUUUAGUAUUUUUCCUUCAUUUUAGAGUGAGUUUCUGAUAAGGCCAGUGUCAGAUCACAAUGAAAUAAAAUGGCAUUUUGAACCAAAAAGCAUGACCAACACUUAGAAUAAAUGUCCUGUUACAGUGCAGGGCUGUCCAUUGGACCAAUACAGACACCAUACUCAUCCUUGUUGUAGCUUGAAAUCUGCUAGUUUUGGACCUCAGGGCACCAGGCUCAUAAUUGGAGUUUAAUUUAUUUCCUCAGCUGGUGACCGCUGUGGAGAAAAUUGAAUUGCCUAUAUCAUCCCAGGCUUCAGCAAAUUACAGUCUGUUUGAGAGGUAAUUUAAACAUGUGAAAAAUAGCAUAUAGUCCAAUUAUAAUGUUAGUUUUACUCUCCAGCAAAUACUGUAUUUUGAUUCUCCAUGUCACACCCUGAUCUGUUUCACCUGUUUUAUGCUUGUCCCCCCCCAGGUCUCUCCCAUUUGUCCCCAUUAUCCCCUGUGUAUUUAUACAAGUGUUCUCUGUUUGUCUGUUGCCAGUUAGUCUUGUCAGCGUGUUUUUCCCUGUUUGAGUCGCUGUUUUCUAGUCUUCCCGGUUCUGACUGCUCUGACCCUGCCUGCCGUUCUGUACCUCAUUGACUCUGCCCUGGAUUACUGACCUCUACCUGCCCCCUUGUAUAAUAAAUAUUAUGAGAACUGUA